UCUUUUCUCAGGUGACAGAUCACCAGACAGGGCCCUGAUCGAGCUUACUCAACACAGUCCUGUCCGCCUUGGCUGGAAUGACGGAAGGGCCACCUGUCCCCAGUGGCACAGGGGAGGAGACGCAAGCUGGCUUUUAUGUUUUAGAGCCCACAUAUCUAAGGAAGUCUCGUCUGGGUGAAUGGGACAGUGGGCUCUUAGGUCAGCGAUGCUGGCUGUCUCUGCAGUCUCUGCCCAAGAGUACUUUCCCAGGGUCCAUGAAAAUACUCAGAGCCCAUUAGGACAUUUUACUUAUACGCUAUUUCCAGCUGUCCGAGGAGUUCAGGACUGUCUGCCCUGGGGCCCUUCUCAAGAUUUCCAUUCGGGAUUAGCUACUCGAAGCAUAAAAUAACAGAAAAUACAUCUUUUCAUCCCUGCUGAAAACCGUUUCGGGCAUAACUGACACACAGAAAGCUGGACACAGGCUGGCGCUGCUUCCAGACCCGGACUUCUCCCCCGCUGCGGUGGAAGGCUGGCUCCUCAGACUUCCAGGGGGUGGUCCUCAGCUUGGCGUCCCGCGUUCUCGCUAUGGAGAGCUCCCUCUCCGGCCACUCUGCGAGGCUAGUUGACCCGGCAGGCGCGGAUCAUGAGCAACUGCAGGAGAAUGAAGACUGGAGACGUGAUCAGGCCGAACCAGAGCUCCCGAGUCUGCUCCACCAGCUUCUGGCACAACAACAUUUCGAAAACAAACUUGAGGCUAAGAACCGUGAGGAUCCAGAAGAGGCGGAGCACGGCCAGCCGCUUCUCUCCGUCCUGGAAGAGGCGCACCGACACGAUGGUGGUGAAGUAGGUGCUGAGCCCGUCAGCGGCGAAGAAGGGCACGAACACGUUCCACCAGGAGAGGCCGGGGGCCAGGCCGUCCACACGCAGUGCCAGCAGCACGGAGAACACCAGCAGGGCCAGCAGGUGUACGAAGAUCUCGAAGGUGGCGAAGCCCAGCCACUGCACCAGCUCCCGGAGAGAAAAGAGCAUCGCGCCGGUCGAGCGCGGGCCGGGGCCCAGCCGAGAGCCCCUCCAACCGGGCCGCGCCUCUUCUCCCCGCGGGCUCCGUUGGCGCCUGCCGCGGCGAACGAGAGGCAACGAGCAGCCCCGCCUGCCCCGGCUCUCGGUCCCAGCCCGCCGCGGACCUCCAGACCCCGGCCCGAGACCCAGCGCUGGCCGCCAACGGACGCCCGCACCGGUCGGACGCCAUGCCCCGUCGGGCGCUGGCCAAUGACGUCACUUCCUGCAGACGCCGGAAGACGGAAGUCAGAGCCGGUCCCGAUCGCCUGCUCCGGUUCCUGGGUGCAAGGGUCUCCGGGGCGCAGAGACGCCCCGAUGCCGAGCCCACGGCUGCUGGUCCUCUUCGGCAGCCAGACGGGCACGGCCCAGGAUGUGUCGGAGAGGCUGGGCCGCGAAGCCCGGCGCCGGCAUCUCGAGUGCCGGGUGCAGGCGCUGGACUCCUACCCAGUGGCAAACCUGAUUAAUGAGCCCCUGGUGAUAUUUGUUUGUGCGACCACAGGCCAAGGAGACCCCCCUGACAACAUGAAGAGCUUCUGGAGGUUCAUCUUCCGGAAGAACCUGCCGCCGACUUCCCUCUGCCAGAUGGACUUUGCCGUCCUGGGCCUCGGGGACUCCUCUUAUGCCAAGUUCAACUUCGUGGCCAAGAAGCUGCACCGCCGGCUGCUGCAGCUCGGGGGCGCCGCCCUCCUGCCCGUGUGCCUGGGCGACGACCAGCACGAGCUGGGGCCCGACGCCGCCAUCGACCCCUGGCUGCACAGCCUGUGGGAGAAGGUGCUGGAGCUGCUCCCCGUGCCCCUCGGCCUCGGCGUGAUCCCCCCAGAAGUCCCUCUGCCGUCCAAGUUCACCCUGCGGUUCCUUCGGGAGGCCCCCGGGCCGGACUCCGAGGAGCGGCACGUGGCCGGGACGGACCCUCCGAGUCCCCCUUCCGAGCUGCAGCCCUUCCUGGCUCCCAUGGUCGCCAACCAGCGGGUCACGGGCCCCUCGCACUUCCAGGAUGUUCGUCUCAUCGAGUUCGACAUUGCAGGCUCGGGGAUCAGCUUUGUGGCCGGCGACGUGGUGCUGAUCCAGCCCGAGAACACGGCCCGGCACGUCCAGCAGUUCUGCCAGGUGCUGGGCCUGGACCCCGACCAGCGCUUCGUGCUGCAGCCUCGGGAGUCAGGUGCCCCCCACCCCGAGAGGCUGCCCCAGCCCUGCUCCGUGCGGCACCUCGUGUCCAAGUACCUGGACGUCGCCAGCGUGCCGCGGCGCUCCUUCUUCGAGCUCCUGGCCUGCCUGUCGCCCCACGCGCUGGAGCGGGAGAAGCUGCUGGAGCUCAGCUCGGCCGCGGGCCAGGAGGCCCUGCACGAGUACUGCACGCGGCCCCGCAGGACUGCCCUGGAGGUGCUGUCGGACUUCCCACACACGGCGGCAGCCGUCCCCCCGGACUACCUGCUGGACCUCAUCCCCCCGAUCCGGCCGCGCGCCUUCUCCAUCGCCUCCUCCCUGCUGGCCCGCCCGGCGAGGCUGCAGAUCCUCGUGGCUGUGGUGCAGUACCAGACUCGCCUCAAGGAGCCCCGGCGGGGCCUCUGCUCCUCCUGGCUGGCGUCUCUGGACCCUGGGCAAGGCCCAGUCCGAGUGCCCCUGUGGGUGCGGCCAGGGGGCCUGGCCUUCCCGCAGACUCCAGACACACCCGUGAUAAUGGUGGGGCCCGGCACUGGGGUGGCCCCUUUCCGAGCAGCCGUCCAGGAGCGAGUGGCCCAGGGUCAGAGGGGGAACCUCCUGUUCUUCGGCUGCCGCCAACGGGACCAGGACUUCUACUGGGAGGCCGAGUGGACGGAGCUGGAGGAGAGAGGCUGCCUGACCCUGGUCACGGCCUUCUCCCGUGAGCAGGAGCAGAAGGUGUACGUGCAGCACAGGCUGCGUGAGCGCGGGCCGCUGGUGUGGGAGCUGCUGGACCGUUGGGGCGCCUGCUUCUACCUGGCAGGCAACGCCAAGUACAUGCCAGCAGAUGUGUCCGCAGCCCUGACGUCCGUCUUCCAGGAGGAGGGCGGGCUCUCGGGCCCCGACGCCGCCGCCUACCUGGCCCGGCUGCAGCGCACGCAGCGCUUCCAGACCGAGACGUGGGCCUGAGGAGCCGCCGGCCCCUGACCGCUGCCCUGUCAGACUCUGCCCGGCCUCUGUCCCCAGCUGGCCUUCCCCCACUGGCCCGACCUCGGGUCCUGCUUGGGGCGCUGACCCAGGAAGGCACCGGCUCCCAGCGGGCCUCAGGGAGCUUCCCCGACCACCAGCUUCCAGACGGCGGAGGGAUCCGGGGUGCAGGGUCCGUGGCAGAGCCGAGUGCCCCCUCCUCUGCCCUGGGCGACAGUGGGCUCCCCCUCAUCCUCUGCCACGCGUGUGCCACUGCAGCCACCAGGCGCCCCCAGGGCCCCUCGGGGCCCCGGUGCAGGCAGCGAGGCCCCGGCCAGCACACGCCACCCUCACCUGGCUCCAGGGAGUCUCGGCAAUAAACGGCGGGUGCAGGGCAGCU